AAGGAACCAUGAGUGAGCCACUGGACAGUCCAGGCAACGAUUCCGAUUUCCUGGAUUAUGUCGCUGCUUUGGGGAACUGCACCGAUGAUCAGAUCUCACUCAAGAUGCAGUACCUUCCUGUCGUCUACAGCAUCAUCUUCCUUGUGGGCUUCCCGGGGAACGCAGUGGCAAUUUCCAUCUACGUCUUCAAGAUGCGGCCCUGGAAGAGCAGCACCAUCAUCAUGUUGAACUUGGCCCUGACGGACUUGCUGUACCUGACCAGCUUCCCUUUCCUCAUUCACUAUUACGCAAGCGGUGAACACUGGAUCUUUGGGGAUUUCAUGUGCAAGUUCAUCCGAUUCGGCUUCCAUUUUAACCUGUACAGCAGCAUCCUCUUCCUCACGUGUUUCAGUAUCUUCCGUUAUGCUGUGAUCAUUCACCCGAUGAGCUGUUUUUCUAUCCAGAAGACUCGGUGGGCAGUGGUAGCUUGUGCUGGGGUUUGGGUCAUCUCUUUGGUAGCUGUCAUGCCCAUGACUUUCCUGAUCACGUCAACCACCCGGACCAACAGGUCUGCUUGCCUUGACCUCACCAGUUCGGAUGACCUCGCUACUAUCAAAUGGUACAAUCUCAUUUUGACCGCCACCACCUUCUGCCUGCCCUUGGUGAUUGUGACACUCUGCUACACAACGAUUAUCAGCACCCUGACUCAUGGGCCCCAGACCCACAGCUGCUUUAAGCAGAAGGCCCGGAGGCUGACCAUCCUGCUUCUCCUUGUGUUCUACAUAUGUUUCUUACCCUUCCAUGUCUUGAGGGUCAUUCGGAUCGAAUCUCGCCUGCUUUCAAUCAGCUGCUCCGUUGAGAGCCACAUCCACGGAGCUUACAUUGUCUCUAGACCAUUAGCUGCCCUCAACACCUUUGGCAACCUGCUGUUAUACGUAGUGGUCAGCAAUAACUUCCAGCAGGCAUUCUGCUCCAUAGUGAGAUGCAAAGCCAGUGGGGACCUUGAACAAGCAAAGAAAGACAGUUGCUCCAACAACCCUUGAGUCACGCUGUUUAGUCAAGCCUAGGGAGAUGGCUCAGUGGCAAAGCUCUUGACAUGCAAAUGUGAAGGUCUGAGCUGGAAUCUUCAGACUCCACAUAAAUCGGGUGUGCUGGCAAGCACCUGCAACUCCAGUGCUCCUAUGGUUUGACAGAAAUGGAAACAGGAGAAUCGCUAAAGGCUCCAGGGCCAGCUAGCCAACUGGACACAGUGACUGACCUCAAAGAGACCUUGUUCCCAACAAGAUAGACGGGAAGAACCUAUGUGUGAAGCUGUUUUUUGAGCUCUCCAUGUGCACUGUGGCAUGUAUUCAACUUCCUCCCACCCCCACCGACAGCCACAUGCCAUUCACACAUAUGUACUUAUCAAAUGUCAAUUAAUUAAUCAAUUAACACCUCACGACAGUUUAUAUAUAACUCCCAAGAAAUCCAGAAUACACAUCCCCCUUGUAACUACAGUACUUUCAGGCCAUUAUGAGUCAUGGGCUUUAGGCUCUUAGGAGCUCACCAA